AUGGAAACGGGCUCAGGGGAUGUGGAAGAUUCUCCUCCUUCUCCUCCUGUGGACAAUGAAGGAGCUGCUAAUGCUCAACUACCACCUGCAGAAACUUCAGCUCCUGGAUCUACCAAUGAACCACCUUCAGAGAGAGAAGGAAGUGAGGACUUGCCCAGUGGAUCACCUGGAAAUAUGGGUUCUUCUUCUGAAAACGGUGGCCCCAUCCCAAGUGUUUCCUCAGAUGAGGUAGACACACAAGUCAAUGGUGAAGAUCACAGUGUGUCAGAUCUCCCACCUUCUGAUACAGAGCUCUCUUCAAUUUCUGGGAUCCCGCUGGCAACGUCUUCCCAACCACCAAAAGAAGAUGAUGUGGAAACACACUCUGAGGAUCCAGAAGAUUCCGUUUCCAUCAAUGGAGAAGAAACUUCCUCUGCUCCAUCCAUCAUAAACCCUCAGCCGGCUCUUGCAGAAGAGGAACCAAGCAUUUCUGGAGACUUAAGCGAUGGACCAAUCUUAUCUCCUAAAGAAGAUAAAAUGGGAUCUACCUCAGAGCCAGGGGUUGAUGAGGAACCUCUUGUAGAUGGUGACAAUACCCAGCACAAAUUCAAUGCUUCAUCUUCUGAACAACAGCUAAGCUCUGAAGAUGCGCUGGACACCAGUAUUCCAAGCUCUGGAAAUGAACCAGCUGUACAAUCUGGGACAAUUUCUCCCCUUGUAGACACUGAGACAUCAACACAAACUCAGGAACCCUCAGUGGAAAAAUCUUCUGCAUCUAUUGAGGGUAUACUUCCCAAUUCGGAGAAUGAAGAUGGCGAACCCUCCCCAGGUCUAUCAUCCAAAACUCUCGAUUCUUCUCCAGGCGGUGAUGGGAUAUAUGAGAGUAGAGACGAGGAAGAUGAUGCCAGGUCAGCUUCAUCAGCCCAAACAGCCAUUGCAACAAGCAACGAUGGUCAGCCUGGAAGUGACUUUCCUGUGAGACAAUUAGUAACUUCACCUGUUGGAGGAAUUUUAGCUCUGGCACCUAUAGAAGAUGGAGAGACCUCAGUCCCAAGAGAGGAUGCUCAAUUAUCAACAGGAGCAGUAUCUUCUGAGAAUGCAACACCACAACCAACCUCUUCUGCUGAAGAAACGGAGACGUCUGCCUCUGAGCCAUCAGCGGUGGGUUCUCGGCCAUCUCCAGAUGGUGAAGCCGCACCUGAAACUUCUAAAGAGACAGGACAACUGCAAACGUCUGUAGCUAGUGAGAAGGCAUCACCUUUGGCUUCAUCAACCACAGAGUCACAAGGACCCACAGCCUCAGAAAGCGGUGAGUUUUCUGGAGCACUCAACCAUGGAAGUGCUGCCUUCCCAGUUGAAGUGGCGGGAACUGCUGAUUCACCUCCAGCGACUGACAAGGGAUCUCAGGUCCUUCCAGAAGGUGUGGCUUCUUCUGAUGGAGUAGAAGAUUCUGAAGAGAUCACUAAUACGAUCAGUGAGAAAUCUUCUCAAGAUCCAUUGGACAGAGGAUCGGAGUCCAAAACAUCUACCAGUGAAGAGGAUACUGAAGGACGUAUUGAUGGAGAACUCUCCCUAAAUAAUAACAGGACUGAAACAGCCACGUUGGAGUCAGCAAAUAAUGGAGGAUCUCAGCUACCUCCUGAUGGUGCUCAGCUAUCUGCAACCGCUGGAAGUUCUGAGAUAUCAGAAGGUGCCUCUGGUGUAAAUGGGAAGGAAGGACCUUUGAUCCCAUCAGCUGCAGAGUUACAUUCAACUUCUACUUCUGAAGAAGUGGAAAAUGCCAACUCAGAAUCCAGGACUCCCCCAGAAUCUAAACCAUCUCUAGAUGGUUCGCCAACAACAGAGCUUCAAGAUUCUAAGAGUGCAGAAGCGGUAGAAGAUACUUCCAACAAUGGGGAGAAAUUGUCUUGGACCUUAUCAUCCACAGCAUCACAAUCUCCAGGAAUAUCAGGUGGCGAGGACGUUUCUGGAGGAAUGGAUAGUGAGGGAUCUUCUCUCAUUGGGGAAGAGUUGGAAACGGCUGGUCCAGGGGCAACAAAUAAUGCAGAAGCUCAGCCAUCCGUGGCGGGUGGAGCCACUGAAACAUCUGACGUGUCCAACAGGCUGGAACAAUUAGAAAACUCUUCUUCUGCCAAUGAGGGAGAGACUUCCCCAGGUUCACCAGCCACAGAAUCAUCAACGGUUCUAGAAGAUCUAGAGGUCUCUGGAAAACCUAGCGGUGGAGAUGGGAUGGAAGCAGUCAAUUCAGAACCAGCAACUAACACAGAACCUCUGUCGUCUCCAAACGGGGUUGGGCCAGGUGGAGCUACAGUUUCUGAAGAGGCAGGAACACCAGAAGUCUCCAGAACGAGUGAUGGAUCUUCAACUGCGUCUGCUCCAGAACCACAAGCCAUCUCUUCUUCCAACGAAGAAGAAACUAGCAACACAGCCACAAAUGCAGGAUCUCAACUCCCUCUAGAUGGAGACUCAGCAGCAGGGACACCCUCUCCCAAUGGGGCAGAGAUACCAGAAGUGUCUUCCAGUGUGCCUGAGGAAAAGGGACCUUCGUCUCCAUCCACUCAAGGGUCCCUAGAAGAUUCAUCUUCCACCAAAGAGGUGGGAACUGCCAGCAGAAAGUCAACAACUGAUGAGGGAUCUCAGCUAUCAGCAGAUGGAACAUCACCAGGAGAUUUUCUUGCAUCUGAGGGAGCAGAACCAACGGAAAGCCACCCCAUUGCAAGUGGGGACCAAGCUUCUCUGGUUCCACCAGCCACAGAAUUACAAUUUCCAGAAACAUCUGCCAAUGAAAACCUUCUUGGAGGCCUUGAGAAUGGACAAUCUUCCUUAUCUCCAGGAGAGGAGACAGACAAUGCAGGGUCAUCAAAUAAUGUAGGAUCUCCAGAUAGCGUGGCAACCGAAGGGGAAGGAGCAGAGACGUCUGAAGACAAUUCAAUUGUAAGUGAGAAACAAUUAUCCGUAGCUCCAUCGUCCACUGAACCACAAUCCCCUGGGACAUCGGUCAGCAAGGAUGUCUCUGAAAACCUGGUUGAUGGAGAACCAUCCCUCUCCACCGAUGGAGGGAAGGAGAUUACCAACCUAGGAACAGCAGGUGCCCAAGGACCCACUUCUUCCACAGGAACAGGUCCAGAUCAAAACAAUAUAGCCGAGCAAUUUGUAGAAAAUUCGGAUUCAAUGAGUGGACAAUCGUCUGUUGAUGGAGCCGUGGUUUCUAAAUCUUCAGAAGAAACCUCGAUCUCCAGCUCAGUAUCUUCGGAUGGGAAUUUGGCCGCCCAAGGAAUGAGCCAGGAUGUUGGUGCUCCAGAUUCUUCUCAACCAUCUUCAGAUAACCAGGGCAAUUUGGCAAAUCCCAUCGAUGGUGGAAGUGGAGAAAACUCUGUUUUGGGUGACCAUAUUUCUACUGGUGAUACUUUGGGUGAAUCAAAUGGUCCAAUCUUGGAGGCAGGUGGAGAGGUUCUCCAAGGAUUUUCUGAGGCUUUGGACAGUGUCAGUAACUUGGUCCAUCCAUCUUCUGCCAAAGGAACCAAACCAGAAGCAGGUCAACUAUUAGGAGUGGUGUCUCCAUUGGCUUCCUUGCCUCCCAAAAAUGGCCUGCUGUCAGCACCUUUUAAUCUAGGUGGCCCCAAACUAGGCAAUGUGGUUGGGAAAGGUUCAUCUCCCUUAACUCCUCUCCUGUCCUCUAAGCCUGAAGUCCCAGCAGAGACAUCAAAAUUGGCUUCUGGAAAACCAGGACUUCAACUCAUAACAUCAAAAUUGGCUUCUGGAAAACCAGGACUUCAACUCACAGCAGGUUCUCCUCUCCUGUCCUCCAAGCCUGAAGUCCCAGCAGAGGCAUCCGAAUUGGCUUCUGGAAAACCAGGACUUCAACUCACAGCAGGUUCUUCUCUCCUGUCCUCCAAGAAUACAGUCCCAGAGGAGAUGCCAACGUUACCUUCUGUAAGAUCAGGAGCUCAACUCAAAUCAGAUUAUCCUCUCCUGUCCUUCAACCCUGACAUCCUAGCCAACUCGGAGCACAUCCUGCCUGGGAAGCCGGGUCCCGCAUCUCCAGAAAGCUCUUCUGCUUCAGAUGAGAGUGACGAGGACUCUUCAAGUGGCCCUAACUUGUCAGGAGAGCACCAGACUUUAAUGAAAGGGAAGGUCGCUCUUGACUUAAGCAAAGCCAAAACAGACCCGAGCGAGCCCGGUGUUCAUCUUGCCUUAUCCGGAGUGGGCCUACUAGCCGCCAAGUCCUCAAAACACACCAGCAAACCCGCAAAGAAGAAGUCCGAUUCGAAGAAGUCCAAGGACAAGAAAACCAAACCAGUUGAAAACUCCGCCAUCAUGACUGGUGCACCAUCAGGCGCAGCAGUGUCCUUGUACCGCUACGGUGCCAGCGUGAAUGAUAACCAAUACGUGGAAAGGAAAGUGGAUUUUAACUCACCCCUCUUCAAGCCCGAGACUGGGAUACCACUUGGAAAAUCUCUACGCAACUCUCUUUACUUCACGGAUAACGGACAGAUUGUCUUCCCCGCCUCUGACCAAGACAUUUCCAGCUAUCCCAACCCACCUUCCGGUGGUUUUAAUGGUCGUGAGAAAGUACCCAUGGUGGCUGUGUUUUGGGACAAUGCGGACUUCUCCAAGGGAGCUGGCACCAUCUUUUACCAGGAAUAUCCUUGUGGGAACUCUGCCAAAGACCCCCUCGUCCAAGACGUGGAAGAAAAGAUUCGCCGGUACGUCAAGUCUUCCUAUCGAGCUCGGUGGUUACUCAAAGUCACCUGGGACAAAGUCCAACCUUAUCCUGCGCAGAGGCAGAAGAGCAAGACGAACACCUAUCAAGCCAUUCUCACCACAGACGGUUACAGAACCUACGCGCUGUUCCUUUACCAAGAUGGAGGGAUGCAGUGGGACUACACUAAACUCUCAGCCCCCAACGUGCUGAUUGGGUACACCAGCGGUGAUGGAUAUUUCAAAAACGAUAAUUUGAUGACUCGAACGCCAGCUGAGAAAUACCGUCCCGAUCGCUUCCAAGGUUACAACACAGACGUGCGUGGUUUGUGGAUAUACAAACUGGAUAGUUGGAUCCGUGUGAAUUACCGGCAGAGGUGCCUGGAUUGGUUGAGUCACGAGAAGCUCCCAUCGGCCUGGAACAGGAACCUGCCCCCUUGCCCAUGCUUCCUGCAACAGGGGAUGUCGGACAACCGCUACACAACCAGCCAAAAAGGUUGGCAGGACUCUGGCUUCACCCUGCUGUAUUCGUCCAGGCCAAAUAACUACGGGGCGGGCGUCCGAUGUCUCUAUAACAGAAAUGGCCAACUCCAAGAAGGUCGACAGGAGAGAAUCUGGAAAAAUUCCAGGAAAAACUACCCCAACAACGACGAAGAACUGAAAUUGCACGACUGGUGUUGCAACAAGGCCGGAAUUCCCCAGACGUGUGAGAAGUACGACCAGAAGCGACCCAGGAUCAGUUGCCAAGGUUACAAACCAUCAAUCUGGGGUUGA